ACAACAAGUUGACAAGUUUCGAAGUGUGUUUUGAUUGAGUUUGUAAGACGAUUUAUAACAACAUGGCUACUACUAUUAACAAAGUUGAUAUGUCUCUAGAUGACAUCAUUAAGAUGGAUCGAAAGAAAACUCAGAAAAUAUUUGGCAAGGAUCCCAAGCUGAAAGGUCGAGGUUUUCGUAAAGGUGGUUUUCAACCAGGGGGUCAAAGCCAGACGGGGCGUGGAGGAAGAGGUAGGGGGCGAGGUGCCCGCAGACUACAGAGGCUUUCCUUGGGGGUCAGUCCACUGAAUCGCACACAGGCACAGGGGACAAGCACUGCCUCGCAGGGAGCUAUAUCAUUAGCGGAGAAGCGUAAGAAGGCUAUCGAAGCAUUACAAAAGGCCAAGCAGAGGGUUGCCCUGUUAACACAGCAGCAGAAUCGACAAUCUCUUGUCAAUCAAAGGAGAGGUAUUCAGACAACCACCAACCAAAGAACAAAUACUGGAGGACAACGGGGGCGGGGGAGAGGAUUUUUAAAUAGGUCAUAUGGAUCCCAGCAGAAUCUGUUUCAGUAUCAGAAUGACAUACCAUUUUUAAAUAGAGGAGGUCAGGGGAGGGGCCGGGGUCAGGGGAGGGGCUGGGGGCUGGUUACAGGGCAAGGCCGUGGGAGAGGGCAGGGCCAGGAUCGCACACAAUUAAAGCGAAGUCAGAGUUUUGACAUUAGGACUGAAUCGAAUGGACAUUUGACCACGGGUGGAGGUCAGACAAAUGUCGGCAGGAGGCAGCGAAGAAAGAUGAACCGGAGCUUCGAGAGUGACCGGUCCAGCCAGGACGGGAUUUUCACGAUCUCCGUCAACAACCCCACCCCCAGGAAACAGACAAAACGAUCAAAGCUGCAGAGACAAAUCCAGAACUUGAAGCCCACUGUCAGUACAAAUUACAAAUUCAAUCCUGGAUUUUUUGCAAAUGCUGGGGUUCUUUCAAUCACUAUCUAAUAGUGGAAUGCACAGAUGAAGUCAGAGCGACAUAUUCAGAAUAAAUUAAAAUGAAACAAUUUUUGUGUACGGGGUAUGUAUUUAAUCACAAAAAAACACAUUUUUACAGCACACAUUAUAAUCUGAAAAAUAGUUAAAGUGUAACACAUUGUCUACACACAACAAAUGACAUAAACUAUAUUUAAAUACAACAAAACAAAAAACAUCAGUAUUAAUAGAGCACAUUAUCUGUGAAGUAUAGCACUAUAUAUAUCUACACUACUAGUGUUUGACAUGAACACCGUAUUCUCUUGACGGGUCUUUGACCCAAGUACAGUGUACAGUGUUUGACAUGAGCACCGUAUUCUCUUCACGUGUCUUUGACCCAAGUACAGUGUACAGUGUUUGACGUGAACACCGUAUUCUCUUGACGGGUCUUUGACUCCAGUACAGGGUACGGUGUUUGACGUGAACACCGUAUUCUCUUCACGUGUCUUUGACCCAAGUACAGGGUACACUGUUUGACGUGAACACCCUAUUCUCUUGACGUGUCUUUGACCCAAGUACAGGGUACACUGUUUGACGUGAACACCCUAUUCUCUUGACGUGUCUUUGACCCAAGUACAGGGUACAGUGUUUGACGUGAACACCCUAUUCUCUUCAUGUGUCAGUUACGCACAUUUUAGUUCAAUCUGUUGUUAGUAUGGUUAAUCUUUGUAUCCUAAAUUUGAAAAUUACAAUCUUCUUUAAUUACCAUUGGAAAUUUAUUCAUUAUGCAAAUAUAAUUCAUGUCUUUGAACAGUCCGUUGUCUACAGUUCCCGUUUGAGAACAUUGUUUUCUUACUGUGGUAUGUACUGCAACUUUGGGUGGGCUUGAUAAGCAGACUUGUCUAUAGGAUCAAUCCCCAUCGGGCUUUUUCUCGUUCCAGCCGGUGCACCACGACUGGUAUAUCAAAGGCCUUGGUACAUGUAUGUGCUGUCCAUCUGUGGAAUGAUGGAUAUAAAAGAUCCCUUGCU